GAAAAAGUGAGGUUAAGCCCGAAGGUUUAAUUCAAGAGAAAACAAACAGGGAAACUAAUUACUAAAGGGAAUCCCGGAGAAACUGGAUAAAAUAGCAAAUUAAAUGUACAUUUUUCCUUCAGUGGUUCAACUAUAAAUUUCUUGAAAUAUGUCUUAUAAAAGAAAAGCGGACUCUCAAGUUCCGGCUGAAGAAAGCGAUCAACUUACAAUAAGGCCUCUUGGUGCAGGACAGGAAGUGGGCCGCUCUUGUAUCAUGAUUAAGUUUAAGGGAAAAAAAAUUAUGCUUGAUUGCGGGAUUCAUCCAGGUCUUAAUGGUAUGGACGCCCUUCCAUUUGUGGAUUUAAUUGAAGCCGAUGAAAUAGAUUUAUUGCUUAUUUCACAUUUCCAUUUAGACCACUCAGGAGCUCUACCAUGGUUUUUAUUAAAAACCAGCUUUAAGGGCAGAUGUUUCAUGACCCAUGCAACCAAAGCAAUUUACAGGUGGCUCCUUUCUGAUUAUAUUAAAGUAAGCAAUAUUGCCACAGAACAAAUGCUUUAUACGGAGGCUGAUUUGGAAGCAAGCAUGGACAAAAUCGAAACCAUAAAUUUCCAUGAAGAAAAAGACAUUUUUGGUAUUAAAUUUUGGGCAUAUAAUGCAGGCCAUGUUUUAGGAGCUGCAAUGUUUAUGAUUGAAAUUGCUGGGGUUAAAAUUCUCUAUACCGGAGAUUUUUCACGCCAAGAGGACAGGCAUUUGAUGGCAGCUGAGAUUCCUACUGUUAGGCCAGAUGUAUUAAUUACUGAAUCUACUUAUGGCACCCAUAUCCAUGAAAACCGAGAAGAUAGAGAGAAUAGAUUUACCACUUUGGUACAUGACAUUGUAAACAGAGGAGGCCGAUGCCUUAUACCAGUAUUUGCCUUGGGUAGAGCUCAAGAAUUGUUGCUAAUUUUAGAUGAAUAUUGGAGCCAGCAUCCAGAGUUGCAUGAUAUUCCUAUUUACUAUGCCUCAUCUUUGGCCAAGAAAUGCAUGGCAGUCUACCAGACUUACAUUAAUGCAAUGAACGACAAAAUCAAGCGGCAAAUAGCUAUAAAUAAUCCAUUCGUUUUUAAGCAUAUUUCCAAUUUGAAGGGAAUUGACCACUUUGAAGAUAUCGGACCUUGUGUCAUCAUGGCUUCUCCUGGUAUGAUGCAGAGCGGUUUGUCCAGGGAAUUGUUUGAAUCGUGGUGUACUGACUCUAAAAAUGGGGUAAUAAUUGCAGGUUAUUGUGUGGAGGGAACCUUAGCCAAAACGAUACUUUCGGAGCCAGAAGAAAUAGUUACUAUGUCCGGUCAAAAACUACCCUUAAAAAUGUCCGUUGAUUAUAUUUCCUUCUCUGCUCAUACAGAUUAUCAACAGACCAGUGAGUUCAUAAAGAUUUUGAAACCGCCUCAUGUGGUCCUGGUACAUGGGGAGCAAAACGAAAUGUCGCGUCUUAAGGCCGCCCUACAAAGAGAAUUCGAAGAAGACCCGAACAUGUCUAUCCAGCUUCAUAACCCCCGGAACACACAUACAGUCGAGUUGUAUUUUAGGGGAGAAAAAACUGCUAAAGUCAUGGGCUCUUUGGCUGUGGAGGAGCCAAAACCUGGAAAAGUGAUAGAAGGUGUCUUGGUUAAGAGGAACUUUAAUUAUCACAUCUUGAGUGCCGAUGAUUUGUCCAAAUAUACGGAUCUCAGUUUGAGUGAAAUAACCCAGAGACAGAGCAUCUCUUAUUCAGGAAAUCCUGGAGUUCUGAGACAUUUAUUAGCUCAAGUAUGCGGUCUUAUGGAGACGCUAGACGGGGACAAAAAGUUGAAAGCAUUUGGUGCUAUAGAAAUCACUAUUGAACCGAAAAUGGUUAUUUUGGAGUGGUUGGCUAAUCCUAUCAAUGAUAUGUACGCAGAUGCCAUAGUGGCAGCCAUAUUGCAAGCGGACCUUCUUGACACUCCCGCCAAAAAUAUGACCGCCAGUGUAAAAGUUGACAGGAUGCAUUUUAAGGAAUGUUUAAUUGAAAUGCUUCAAGACAUGUUUGGCGAGGAUUCCGUUCCAAAAAUAUUUAAAGGCGAAAAGUUGUACGUCACAGUGAACGAUAAGAGGGCAGAUAUUGAUUUGUCAAAUUUGGAUGUAAAAUGCCCUAGCGAUGAAACAUUUCAACAAAUUGUUCAAACGGCUGUCUCGAAAUUGUACCAGAGCUUAGCGCCUCCGCAGAUAGAAACCUAAAAUUUUUUAAUUGUAACGUUAAGAUGAAAAAAUUAAAUGAGAUGACUUUUUU